AUGGUCACGGGCAGUUUGUGGCAGCAGGCGGGCCAGCAUGGCUGGGCUGCGGACUCUAGGCGCCUCUACGGCAACAGCAGCAGCAGCAGCAGCAGCAAAGACAGCAGCAGCAGCAGCAGCAGAUAUGCAGCAAGGGGGGGGCUCAUAGGGGCCCCCAAAAAGAGGGGAAGAGGCCGCAGGCGCCUCAGCAAAGUUGGCCGGGUGGUUGUUUGCGUGCUGAUUUUGCUGAUGCUGGUCUGGGUGCUGCUGCUGUGGCGGUGGUUUGCUGCUGUCAAGCCAGCAGCAGACGAGCCCGAGCAGCAGCAGCUGCAGCAGCUGCAGCAGCUGCAGCAGGAGGCCGUCGGCGCGGUUCCUGGAGAAGAGCUGCUGCAGCUGCAGCAGCAGCAGCAGCAGCAAAGAAAGGCCCGCCGCACCGAUGACGCUGCCCAGCAGCAGCAGCAGCCGCUGCUGCACACAAGCUUUAGCUCCCCCCCAGUGCGCCCACAGCAGCAGCAGCAGCAGCAGCAGCAGCACAGCAGCAGCAACCAGCACUUGUCUCGCCUUGCCCAGGAGCCAGCAGCAGGAGGUUUGGGGCCCCAAAUAAAUCAAUUUGCAGCCAAUGGGGGGGGGCCCCCCGAAGGGGGCCCCACAGGGGGGGCCCCCCAAGGAGGGGCCCCCCAGAAGGAGGCAGCAGCUGCUGCUGGGAAGGGUCCCGGGGAGCAGCAGAAGCAGCAGCAGCAGCAGCAGCAGCUGCAGGGGGGAGGGGACGUGGAAGAGCGUGCGGCAAGCGCAGCAGCAGCAGCAGCAGCAGCAGACGCCGCCGCCGCAGCAGCAGCAGCAGCAACAGCAGAUGCGGCAGCACAACUAGACCGCUCCGUCCCCUCUACCGCGCGCAGUCAGGGCGUCCUUGCGAGGUUCGCUCGCGUGCAGCAGCAGCAGCAGCAACAACAGCAGCAGCAGCAGCAGCAGCAGCAAACAUUGGCAGUGCGUCAGGGAGAGAGUCAAGUCAGGGUAGGCGGCAGUUGA